AAAAACUAUAAAAGCAACAAAUUUCAUCUCAAAUUUUAGCAACAAGAAAAGCAACAUUUAUAAUAAAUACAAUAAGAACAAAAUGUAACCUACCAAUUAAGAUUUAUAGCACGGAAAUAUUAUCUUCUAAUCCAUUUGCUCGAGAGAGGGGGUGGGAAAAAGCUAUAAAAACCCACCCACUCAUCAAAACUCAUAAUAUAUAAUAUAAUUCACUUCAUAUGAUAUAAACAUGGUAAAAUAUAAUGUGGAAAUAGUAAAAGCGGAAAAUGGUGGACAUACACCAACUUCAGCCACUACACCAACUCCUAAACCAACGCCCACAAAAAGUAUGGACUUGAAUAAUGAGGAAAGUGGAGCAACGGCUGAAAACAUACACUUGGAUGACUUGUACACGCGAUAUCGUCAACGCCUUCGCAAAUCCCUUUUUAGAUCGGGUUUACUGAUAUCACUAGUGGCAUGUGUUGUAUCCAUUAUAAUUGGCAUCAUCUAUCAGCAACAAUGGUUGCAAACUAUUUUGUUGGCAUUGGCAGCGCUUAUAUCUGCAAGCAUCCUUACUGCUCUCCAAUUUCCAGCUGUGCUCAGUUCUCCUGCGGCUGCUUUAGCCUUUGCCAUUGUGACCACUUUCUCCUUGGGUACGAUAGCAGCAAUUACAGGUGAAGAAUUGGCGCCAUUACCGUUAUUUGCUGUUUUUCUGGGCAUACACACAAUGCUGCCAAUAUCCUGGCCAGUUUCAGUGGUUUUAGCGGUAUUUAUGACGGCAAUACACAUUGUCUAUAGAGUGGGUACUAGCCAGGAUUAUAUGCCAAAUUUACCAAUGUUGUUUGGUGAAAUUGUGAUGUUGGCAAGUGCAUCCGUCUCCGGUUUAUAUUAUCGCAUCAUGUCCGAUGCUGCACACAAUCGGACCGUCGAUGGCACUCGUACUGGUAUUGAACAACGUGUUAAACUAGAAUGUGAACGUGAGCAACAGGAGCAAUUGCUUCUAAGCGUUAUUCCGGCAUAUAUUGCGGCGGAAGUCAAACGUAGCAUCAUGCUUAAAAUGGCUGAUGCUUGCCAAAGAGCAGGGGGUCAAUCAAAUACUUCUGCAACUAGAUUCCAUGAGCUGCAUGUACAACGGCACAAUAAUGUAUCCAUACUUUAUGCUGAUAUUGUAAAUUUUACGCCUUUAUCGGAGCAACUGUCCGCAAGUGAUUUGGUAAAGACCCUUAAUGACUUAUUCGGCAGAUUUGAUCAAAUUGCACAGGAAAAUCAAUGUUUACGUAUUAAAAUUCUUGGUGACUGCUAUUAUUGUGUAUCGGGACUGCCUAUUUCUCGACCGCAACAUGCUUCGAACUGUGUUAAUAUGGGUUUACAAAUGAUAGAUGCUAUACGACAUGUGCGCGAGGCAACUGGCAUAAAUGUCGAUAUGCGAAUCGGUAUUCAUACCGGCAAUGUCCUUUGUGGUGUCCUUGGUCUACGUAAAUGGCAGUUCGAUGUGUGGAGUGAUGACGUUACUUUGGCAAAUCACAUGGAAAGUGGUGGUGUGGCUGGGCGAGUGCACAUUACAAAGAAAACAUUGGAGUUUCUCGGCGAUAAGUUUGAGGUUGAAGAAGGCAACGGUGCUAGCAGAGAUACUUAUCUAGCGGAUCAUAAAAUUGAAACAUAUUUGAUUGUUCCACCGAAGAAAUCACAAUUUCCACGAUUUGUGCCACGAGUCAUUGAAAGCACCACAUCACCCGAACCAAACGAUUGUGAUGUUACCGACAAAUUACUGCCAACUACAGUAACAAACUUCUGUGCAAAUUCAACAACUCCCACAGGUGGACAGGAAGAUGCUAUUUCUAGUUGUGGUGGAGGCGGAAGCUUACAAUUAGAUCGCGGCAAAUUGUCGCCAUCAUCAACGAACAGUCAAGAACCAAUGAUGCCAGCAUUGGGUUCAGCUGCCUCUAUGUCAAUCAAAGAAAUGUCGGAGGAAGAAGAGGAUGAAACUAAUUUACUGCGUGUAAAACCAACUGAUUCACAAUCACAGUUGUCAACAUCGAUGCACCGCGGUAGCGCUGACUCUAACAUAACCGAACAACCAACAAUUGCAGCGAAAUCAUCAUUAUCCUUGCCAAAUGACGACAUUAUAAAUGUUAGCAAUAGCGAUGGUGCUGCAAAUCAAGCACUUGCUUCCAAUACAACAACAAGCGGCACAACCAACUCCACUACGACUACAGCAACAACCAUUGGUAGUGGUGGUUCUGGUAAUAAUUUAAUGGUUUGCGAUGCACCGGAAAAAUCACGCAGAAGGCUUUCAGUGCAAGGAUUGAUGUCUUUUGCGGAUAGGCGACGUUCCUCAGGUGCUUUUAUUGAAGGCAGAAAACUUUCAAUACAUAAUGGAGAAAGCUUUCGAUCUCAUACUGGACAUGUCACACGAAAUCGUCCAUCCUCUAAGAUGACAAAAUAUGUCGAAUGCUGGGGCGCGGAUAGGCCAUUUGCCAACAUUGCUGAAUCGAAAUUGGUGAAAAAUAUUGGCUUAGCUAGCAUUGCAAUGAUUGAAUCAAAUCUGCUACCACCGGAGCGUAAAUGCUUCAAUUUCAAUUUCUUUGGACCACCAACAGAGUUAAAACCGUUUACGAUGUGGUAUCGGAAUACACCGCGCGAGGCUAUGUACCGUGCGCAGCCCGAUACGCAUUUCCGGUACGACUUGAUAUGCGCCUUUGUGCUUUUCCUUUCAAUUGCCAUUGUGCAAUUGAUUGUAAUAGAUUUAAAUAUCGCAUUACUGGGUUCAUUGGCAGCAAGUUUAUUGUCUUUGGGAUUAUUUUUAUAUCUAAGUAAUAUGCAAGUACCCGAUGUGAAUAGUUCGACCACAGAUCGUAAUGGCCCAGGACAAGUUGUUGCCAGUAGUCGAUAUUUACGACUUGCCAUGUUCGUUAUAGUAAAUAUACUUAUAUCGGCGUGUGCAGUAUUCAGUGUUAUUAAUUUCACUGCUGAACCAAUAAUGAAUUUAAGUUCUAAUAUCAGCAAUUCAUCAGACUUGGACACAAAUGACACGAAAGUAUCUGAAAUCCCUGGAAUUAACCAGACGCAAAUAGAAAGUGCGCCAGUCUUUCUUUUCUGUUGUGCCAUUAGUUUAGCAGCUAUUUCGGCAUUUUUACGAUCUGGAUUCAUUUUGAAACUAUGCACUAUGUUACUGGCACUAAUAUGUCAAGUAAUAGUGCUAGGAUACAGUGAUCUCUAUAUCGAACAUAGUUUACGAAGCUUGGAUAAGGACUUACCGCUUGGAGUGAAGGGCUUUUUACUGUUACUCUUAGUAAUUGCGGUUCUGCACACAUUAGAUCGACAAGGCGAAUAUGUAGCACGUACUGACUUCCUAUGGAAAGCCAAAUUAAAAGUGGAACAAGAAGAAGUGGAAACAAUGCGCGGUAUAAAUAAGAUCCUACUUGAAAAUAUUUUACCAGCCCACGUUGCCACCCACUUUUUGCAUCAGGAACGUUCCACUGAAUUGUAUCAUGAAAGUUAUUCCUGCGUUGCUGUCAUGUUUGCCUCAAUACCCAACUACAAAGAAUUUUACGAUGAGACAGACGUGAACAAACAGGGUUUGGAGUGUUUACGCCUAUUAAAUGAAAUCAUUUGUGAUUUCGAUAAGUUACUUUUGAAACCAAAGUUCAGUGGAAUCGAAAAAAUUAAAACUAUAGCUAGCACUUACAUGUGUGCCUCCGGUUUAAGGCCGGGAAAGGAAGAUGGUUCAACGCUGAUGCGUAACUUUUCGGAUGAAAAACGCACAGAAGAGCACAACGUCAUAAUUUUGGUGGAAUUUGCAAUUGCUUUAAUGUCAAUUUUAGAUUCAAUAAAUCGGGAAUCCUUUCAACGAUUUCGUAUGCGUAUCGGUUUGAACCAUGGACCAGUUAUAGCCGGUGUAAUCGGAGCACAGAAGCCGCAAUACGACAUAUGGAGCAAUACAGUAAAUGUUGCCUCACGCAUGGACUCAUGCGGUGUUAUGGGUCGUUUACAAACAACUGAAAAUACAGCGAAAAUUUUAAUGGCCGCCGGCUAUGAGUGCGAAUGUCGUGGUUUAACUUAUGUUAAGGGAAAAGGCAAUCUAGUCACUUAUUUUGUAAAGACACCAUUUGAUGGAAAAUUAUAAGUAAAUUAAUUCAUGUAAAAUUAAGAGAAAAAAAAAAUAAAA